GAACUCAACUAAAUGAGUCGAUUAUAUGACAAUUAUGAACCAACAGUGAUUGAUAAACAGUUACUAAAUGAUGCUGUAUUUUCAUUAUUGCAAAAAAGAACUGUGAGCGAACUUGCUAAACAAGAUGGAAUCCAUUUUGAAAAUGUUACACACCUGAGAUUGGAUUAUAAAAACAUUUUAAAAAUCGAUAACUUGUGGGCAUUUAAGUUACUUGUUAAGUUGCAGCUUGAUAAUAACAUCAUAGAACGAAUUGAAGGUAUCGGUCAUUUAACUCACCUACGUUGGCUUGAUUUAUCAUUUAAUAAUAUUGAAAAAAUUGAUGGCUUACAAAAUCUGGUAAAUUUAGAAGAUUUAACAUUGUACAAUAACCGAAUUACCACAUUAGAAAAUAUGGAAAAUUUGAAAAAAUUACAAGUGUUUUCAAUUGGUAACAACUAUAUUACUGAAUUGUCUAAUAUAAAAUAUCUACGUCAAUUUCGCCAUUUACAAUCAGUAUGUUUACAUGGUAAUCCAAUUAGUAAAAACGAUGACUACAAGUUGUAUAUUCAUGCUAUGCUACCCAAUCUAUUUUAUUUAGAUUAUCAAAGAACCGACGAUAAACUUAAAUCUACAGGUUAUGAAAAAUAUCAACUAGAAAUUGAUGAGAUUAUAAGUGAAGAAGAGACUCAAUUGAAAUUGAAUAAAGAACUUGCUGAAAAUCAAGCUGAAAUAGAACUAUAUAAACAAGCAUUUAUUGAUGGCAUAGUUGAUGAAAAUAUUUUUCAAAAAUUAUUCACUGAUGAUCCUGAUGGCAGAGAAUUAUUGGUAGUUCCUGAAUUGUACAACAGUAUUGAAUUCUUUUCAGAAAAAUUUACACAUCAAUGUAAAUUAGUAUUUGAACUUGGUAUAAAAGAACAUGAUAAACGUAAUAAAGAAAUAGAAUCAUUUCGAAAUUGUAUUGAACAAGCGAAAAUGGUAAAUGCUGAAUUAAGUAGAAAGAAAAUAAAUGAAUUUAAAUUAUAUCAGGAUAAAAUAUUUAGAGAAAUUUUAGAGAAUACUGAUUUGAUUAAAGUCGAAGAUGAUAUUUUAGAUUAUAAUGAGAAGGUGCAACAAUUAUGGAAUGAAUUAAUGAGAAAUGAAUCAAUUUUAGUUGAACAAAUUGAUGAAUUAAUUAAUGAAUUUGAAUUAAACUUAAAUGAUAUGAUUAGUACAUUUCUUGAAAAUGUUGAAGAACAUUUCACGGAAUGUCGCGAAUUACAAACUCAGUAUCAUGAAAGGUUGACAGAUCUAUGCCCAGGUAUUUUAGAACGAUUUAUGCGUAGUGACUUCCAAAGCGAACCAUCAGAUGCUCUUUUAGCCUUGCUGCGAAACUGUAUAGUCCUCUGACCGCCUUAAGCAAUAAUGCAAUGUUUUGAAGAAGAUUCUUUGCCUCG